CUCUAUCUAAAGUUAUUCUCAGAGCAGCAUAGAGCGUAGAGCAUAGAUCGUAGAGCGUAGAGCGUAUAACGCGGUAACUCUUACUCGGAUGAGCGGCGUCCAGUACUCGGUAGUACUGAAAGGGGGGCGAACAACACACUAACUUGCUAACGUGAUAGUGAGACUUACUCGUAUCGAGAGGAGUUGGGUCUAAAGAGUGAACAGCAAUAACCAAGUGAACCGGUACGGGUACUGCAGUGCAUAGUAGGGAGGGCAGGUCGCGUGCCGGCGUGGUGCUCUCCAACUCCCGGGAGAGGACCCAAGGAGUACUUACCUUACCAACCUCUCUCACGGUUAUUCCACAGCUCGGCGCUCAUCCACGCGGUGCUGAGCUGCCGCUACCUUCUAUCGCUGAGUAGUCUUGCUUCUGGUACCCAGACCAAACAGCUCCGCUCGGUCUCUCAUAAACUCUUCCACCGAUAUUUUUUUUUUAACCCAAACAAUAUCAAGUCUACCUACUUGUCAACCUACGGUACUGUUUACGACCUACGACCCGCCCUGCUGAGAGGGCUUUAAAUUACAACUCUAAACCGAACGUAGAUCAAAGAAUAAACUUUGCGGUUGCUAUUAAAUUUGUUUGUUUUAGUGGUUAUUGUUGUAGUAAAAAGUGUUUAUGGUAAAUAGAUAGGGUAACAAGUGUAGCAAGUGUAAGCAAAAGUGUUGGACAUUUUUAUGACCGGUUGUAAAAGGUUAGGACAAGCAACCGGGUGUCGAUACCGGAUUACUGGUUCCAAGAAAAGACAUUAGUUGUGCGGUGUGCAGUGAGGAUUAACGACAACAAAUGACACCUGAACCUGCUGGCAGGUAGCGACAGUUGUCAGUCGGUUGCUGGAGACAUGCGAGACCGGGACAGGGGUCGCGAGUCCGCUGACAAAUCUAUUUGUCUUAAUUGCCUUUAUUAGUACAUACUAGUUACAACUUUAUGCGCGAUCUGUGUGACUUUUUAGUGGACUCGAGUUACUGGAGCCCAGUGACACGUGCUACAAACAUAUUUGUUGUGAUAUUUUUGUUUUUUUUAACACAAAUGUGCCUAGUGUACCAUCAGUGCGACCACGUGCUGAACACUGUGGAUUAACUAUUUUUUGUAUUUUUUAUUUCCCGCCACGUGUCAAAUGAUUUUUUAUCGAGACCACUAAUGAAGUGAAAUAUCCAACUUGCAGGGACUCAAAAACGGGAGAUUUAAACGCACGGUGUAAUGAGCGGAUACCUCAGCAGCAGCCUGUCCCCGUUAGCUUGCGACCCAAAGUACUCACCAGCUGCCAUGCGGGAGAAAGAUUCCAGUCCAAGAAAAAUGCCCGGACACAUCAGCCCUAAGCAAGCGAGCAUUUAUCCACUAAGUGUCCGAGUAUCUGACGCCGAGGAAUUGCCUUACGACCUGAGCCACGCAAACAGCAGAAUAAGUCCCGCUUCGCAUCAGCACCAGCAUCAACAUCAGCCGCACAUGAGUCCCGCGGCGCGACCGUCCGCCCAACACGAGGACAUGGACUGUGAGCCGCUGGAUCUGCGUGUUGACCACAAGAAAGAGCAUCUGCGAGACGAGAACCAGAAUGACAUCGAGGUGCUCAAUCAGAAUGGCCUGGGGCUGCCUUAUCACACAGUCCUGUUUCCUCAGCACCACGCAGUCCAUCCGCUGGUGCUGGAGGCCAUGUAUCGGUCCCAUCCCCCAAUUCCCGAAUUACCGAAGAUCCAAGUCCGGGCCUUGCCUACAAUGGUCCCACUGCCUUCCAAUAGAUUUUCCACGCCCUCAACUCCUUCGUCGUCUACCCGUACCUCCACCCCACCGAGCAAUAGUCAGCCGACAUCAACACCCGUGUCCAAUCCUUACUCGGUAAAUGUCGCGAACACGGGACUCAAACCCAAAGAUCGUUAUUCCUGUAAAUUCUGUGGCAAAGUCUUCCCCAGGAGCGCGAAUCUUACGAGGCAUCUGAGGACCCACACCGGCGAGCAGCCUUACAAGUGUAAAUACUGCGAAAGAUCAUUCAGCAUCUCCAGCAAUCUCCAACGACACGUCAGGAAUAUUCACAAUAAGGAGAAACCUUUCAAGUGCCCGCUAUGCGAAAGAUGCUUCGGACAGCAGACCAAUUUGGACAGACAUCUUAAGAAACACGACGCCGAUGGACCCACGAUACUCGACGAAGUCCGUUCGCGUUACCACGGUCAGCUUCCAAGAGCAGACGAGUCAUACUUUGAAGAAAUAAGAAGUUUCAUGGGAAAAAUAACCUCGCAGAGACAAGGGAUGCCUUAUUUCACGGGACUGCUGGCGCCGACUGCAGAGGAACUCAGAAACGACAAACAGCAAGCCCUGGAAGAUAAACGCGGUGACUCAUCGUACUUCAGCGACCGGGAUAACCUGAGUUCCAGGUCGAGCAGCAGCGCCAGCAGAGCCGAAAGUGUUCACGAAGAACGCGAUACGCCUCCUCUGUCGCCUGGCAAUACUUGAGUUUUACUUAAUUUUUAAUUACUAUAAAUUUUAAAAUGAGCUUCUGCUUCUGUAAGUUUCAUUGACAGAUCAACUGCACAUGCGCAUGUGCACUUCGCCCUCUGUCUUUCAGGGACAAAGCGCAAUAUGUCUUCUGCUAGUUAAAAUUUAAAUAUAUAAAUAUUGUUUUUGUUUAACUGUAAGCAACUGCGUUGCAGAUACAAAGUGAAAAUGCUCGAUCAAGUGAUUAUUUCUUCAUCUUCAUUAUAUUUUUAUUCUUAUGUUAAAUAUCCUCAGUACUGUUGAGUCCGUCGAUCGGUAUCAAGAUCAAAUUACUAUGAAAUCAAUAUAAUGAUUGAGAGAAAGUCGAUAUAUCAGAUACCGAUGAUACAAAGUUACUAAAAAAUUGUUAUUAUAAUUAUUAUUAUUAUUUUUAAAAACAUAAAUUAAAUAAAAGACUUGUUUUUUUUUUAUUGUUUAUUCAGGGGCAGAACCGGCCUAAGAAAAUUUUUUAUUACCGAUUUUUCAUAUUUAUGUUAUUUAAAAAAAAAAAAAAAAUGUGGGGCAAAAUGGGCGUAAAAAAAAUAACGUAAUAGUUGCGCAGUAAAAGAGUUUGAGUAAGAAAAUGAAUUGCGACAAAACAAAAUAAUUGCAGCAACAAGUUUUAGGUAAAAAAUUUAAAAAAUGAAAAUGUUUUAAAUCAGAACGAGUCCAUUCGUUCCGGUAGGAAGUAAUUCUGUAUUUUAUGGCCUAGAAAGUGAAUUCAGAACUCUCUGAUACGACAUAAACAUCGACAUCAACAUCAACAUCAACAUCUAGAUCGUUAUUGAAAUAAAAUUGUCCAGGCACGUGUGCAUUUAAUAUGACGAUAAGUCUUGUCAGUUUAAAAGCCGGGUAAUGCCGAUCAAUUCGUAGCUUCGGAAGGUGCAGAAAACGAGCAUAGCUACACGAUCUUAUUUAAAAAGCGAUCUAUCGGUCGAUCGCGCGAUAAACGUCCAGUGAAAAGGAUUAGAAAUCGAUGGGCGUAACUCCGACACUCAGAUCCGUCAAUUUACCAGCAUUAUAAAAUAAUAAAAAUUAAGAAACAAGCUUUUGCUGAAAACUUUGCAAAGUUGGCUACCCAUUUAUUAUACAUUAAUUAUAAUAAUAAAAAAUUACGGACACGGAUAGUGUAAAUAGAAGACGUCACUUGUCAAUGUCGCUCAAUCCUGCAUUCCAACUAGGGUACGAGAGGAGCGUGUAAUCUAUGAGUUAUCUCGCGUGCAUGAUUACGCGAAAAGAAAUAAAUAAAAAUGUAAAAUUAGUUAAAAACAAAAAGGAGAUAAUUCCUUACAUGUAGAUGUAAAUGUUGAUAUAUUGAAGGAAAGGAAGCGAUCGUGGGAAGGAGGAUUAAUACGUGCCCACUGAUAUUGCAGUAGUAGAUUAUAGAAUAUAUUUAUAUGUUAAAGAAAGAGAAAGAUUAAAAUGGUAACGGAAUUUGUGCUCCCGGUGAACGCAGCAUCCGAACCUACUUAUGUACACGAACGUGCCAAUCGCGCGUUUCCUCCAGCUAAUAUUUUCCUAUUAAACUUCAUAUAUUAAUAUAUACAUAUACACCAGCGUGUAAUUUUAAGCGCUCUUCCUACAAAGCCCUUUCCAAUUUUCUAGGCUGAAAAAUUUUAAUUAAUUUUUUAUUAUUAAGUAUUAUAAUUAUUUUGAAAUUUUUAUUUUUUAAAUUUUAAAUCCUACAUGUCGAUUCUAACCGUGUACUUUACAUCGCGCCAAGUAACCCACGGCUUAAUAUUACGGUAAUUAUUUUCAAAUAAUUAUAUCAAUUUUGAAUUAAAAUUUAAAAUUAUCAGACUGGGGUUCGAACUGUGAACUUUGAAUUUAAUAAAAUAAAUUAAUGUACUUUCUACCGAAUUUUUAUAUAAAAAAUAUAUAAAUCUAUUUACGGAUAAUUAGAAUUUUAAAAUAAUUACAAUAGUUAUUAAAUUUAAAUUUGAAAAAUUUUUGAAAUCUCACUUGAGUUGAAACCGUCAACUUUAUAAUCACAAAUAAAAUUAGUACUUUCUACUUAAAUUUUAUUAAGUGAAUAAUCGAUAACUAAAUAUUUGAGUUUAUUUCGAAAAAAUUAAAUUAAAAUUACACGUUAUAAAUUAAAAUAUUAAAAAUAAUUUUAUGUUUUUAUCCUGAUAUCAAACGGCAAUCAAAGAGCCUCGAGGAUCUUUCUGUUCAUCUUUUCCCCGUUCAUCUCACGACACAAAUAAAAUAUACUCAUACAUAUAUUUAUAUAUAUAUAGACAUACACAUGAACUGUACCGAGAGUACUUGAAGCUAAGGCGGCGAUGUUGUUGUUAUUGUUGAUGUUGAUGUUGUAUAAACUAAAAUAUAAACUGAAAGUACAGCGGCCUCGGUCUUACUCUUGCGUUACAGUUUUGCCACGCCCCGAUCGAGACGGCGUGGCAGCUCAUCUCGCGAAAGUGAAACGCAAUAAAGGAGCCGCGAGCAUAUUAGUAAGUGAGUUAAGUUAAGUAUUAAAGAUUUAAAACGUUCAUAGUCUACUCUAUGCUCGCAUACUAACACGCGGAUUUUUUACACUCGAUAUCCACCAGCGCCCAGAGUAACUCAGAGAUAAAUAACAAAAAAUAAAUAAAAAAUAAAAAAUGAGAUAACAUCUCAUCGAUAUUCUCAACUAGAAAUUGUUUCUUCACUCUUUUACAGUUCGAAUGCUUAUCACAUGUUCCGCAUGUCAUUUUAUCUCCGUCAUCGAUUUAUUCUGCUCCAUUUCAACUCUUAAAUAAAACGAAAAUCUAAAAACUUGUCUUUUAUUUUUUAUUUAGCAUCCGAUAAACUAAUCAGAGAAUUGUAUCACGUUUCGGCAGGUCCGUAUUUUUGCUCGAGUUUCUACGAUUUCACCGAAAUUUUUAUUUCAUUUCUGUCAUUUUUCUGUAUAGUAAAAUUAUUUGGUAACAUGUAAAUAAAUAAGGAAUAUUAAUAUAUAUAUAAAUAUAAAUAUAUUGAAUAAAUUGUUAAGUUUUAAAUGCAAGUAGAUUUAAUGGAAUAAUAUAUUGUUAAUAAUAUUAAAGGAAUAGUAGACUUGGUAUCGAGGCUCAAUUUAGUUAGAUAAAUAAAAAAUUUAUAUUUUUAUUUUUUUAGUUGAGUCAAAUACGUCUGGUGAUUUUGCUCAUCGAUAAAUCUCAUUUAAAUGUAUUAUUUUUAAUUAAUUUUAUUAAUUUAGAAAUUAAUUAUUGUUAUUAUUGAUGUUAACACGGUAAUUAUUUAUUGCACACCCCAAAUGUCAAAGGUGUGUUCUAAUGGAGUUCGAAAAUUUUUUUUAAAUUUAAAAUAAAAUAAAUUUUUCCUCAAUUCGAAGUUUAUUUCAAUAAAUAAUUACCGUCAUAAUGAAAAUUAUUUAUUGCACACCAUCAGCGCUAAGGGUGUGCUCUAUUUUAAAAAAAUUUUUUGGUAAAAUAAAACUGCGUUUUUGUAAAAUUGAAAUUUUAAAAAUAAAUAAUUACCGUCAUAAUGAAAAUUAUUUAUUGCACACCAUCAGCGCUAAGGGUGUGCUCUAUUUUAAAAAAAUUUUUUGGUAAAAUAAAACUGCGUUUUUGUGAAAUUGAAAUUUUAAAAAUAAACAAUUACCGUCAUAAUGGAAAUUAUUUAUUGCACACCAUCAGCGCUAAGGGUGUGCUCUAUUUUAAAAAAAUUUUUUGGUAAAAUAAAACUGCGUUUUUGUGAAAUUGAAAUUUUAAAAAUAAACAAUUACCGUCAUAAUGGAAAUUAUUUAUUGCACACCAUCAGCGCUAAGGGUGUGCUCUAUUUUAAAAAGUGUUUUUUGUUAAAAAUAAAAUUUAUUUUUCGUGAAAUUGAAAUUUUUAAAAUAAAUAAUUACCGUAGCCAUUACUCUCAUGUAAAAAUAAAAAAAUAUCGGGCUGAAGCCUUGAAAAAAAAAAAUGGCGAUUUUUUUCCAAGGCUCGAUAUAAAAUCUUGCAUAACAAAA